AAUUUUUAAAUUCGGUAAUACACAAGCGCAUUAUCAUCCGCUAAAUUCUUCAAAAAUUACACAAUUUUCUGCUGAAAUUGAGUUAUAGUUUUUUGUAUGAAUUAUUUUUUUCUACAGAACUGAUAUUUUGUCGACUCACGUAUCCGAAAAAAUUAAAAUUUUUCCUGAAUUAUUAAUUAUGAUAAAUUUUUGAAGGGAAUCUCUCAUAUUUAUUGAUUUAUAAUGAAGUUAUACGAGAAUAUUAGAUAAAACUGAUUUACUAAAGUGUCCUUGAAAAGGAGACAAGAUAAGGAGUCGAUCAGCCACGUGGCCAGGGGUGAAGGACUUGGACACGUGACAACAGCGAAGAUUCGUCUACUUUAUCUUCGUUAGUGUCGAGCUAAUUGCAUAUCAACUAAAAGACGAUGGAUUCUUUAAAAAAUAAAGUGCAAACAGUUUUAGGAGUCGUGGAUCCAUCCGAAUUGGGACGUACUUUAACCCACGAACAUCUCUCGUUGAAUUCUAAAAGUUUGGGAUUUCAAGUACCGGAUACCGAGGAAAUUCGAUUAAUGCAGAAUUGCCCAUUUACAUUUGAAAAUUUCCAUUGGAUCAGUCAAAACCCAUACAGUCAUUCGGAUAAUGUGAAUAUCAAAGAUGCUGUCAGUCGCCAGGCUGUGUUAGAAGAAAUGAAGUCUUUUAAGUUGAAUGGAGGAGGAACUGUGGUUGAAAAUACUACUUAUGGAUUAAACAGGGAUAUUGAAUUUUUAAAGCAAUUAUCUAUGGAAACUGGAGUUCAUAUCGUUGCAGGAACAGGUUAUUAUAUUGCACUUCUACAAGAUAAACAAACAUUAGGAAUGUCAGUAGAAGAACUAAUUAAGACAAUGAAGAAGGAUUUGUUAGAAGGUGUGGGCAAUACAGACAUCAAAUGUGGAGUAAUUGGUGAAUUAGGUUGCUCCUACCCUUUAGAGCCAUUCGAGAGAAAUGUUUUAAGAGCUGCUGGAGAGGUACAAAGUGAGUUAAAAUGUCCAGUUAUCAUUCAUCCUGGCAGAGACGAAAGAUCUCCUCAAGAAAUUAUUAGAAUCCUACAAGAGGCGGGUGGAAUAGCAUCUAAAACUGUUAUGUCUCAUUUAGAACGAACCAUAUUUGAUUUAGCAAAACUCUCCGAAUUUGCGUCUAACGGGUGUUAUUGUGAAUUUGAUCUGUUUGGACUAGAGUGUUCUUACUACACGUUAAAUCCUUCUAUCGACAUGCCUAACGAUGCUCAUAGAAUUAUGCUGGUACGUCAUUUAAUAAGACAAGGAUUUGCGGAUAAGAUCGUGAUUUCUCACGAUAUUCACACCAAACAUCGUCUGGGAAAAUAUGGAGGGCACGGCUUCUCGCACAUUUUAAAAUAUGUGGUACCAAAAAUGCUGAUUAGAGACAUCAAUCAACAGGAAAUUGAUAAGAUCUUGAUACACAAUCCAAGAAAUUGGUUGACGUAUUAAUUAUCAUCCUAAGAAAAUAAUCGUUUUAUGUUUUAUUAACGGUAACUUUAGCUUAAUAAUGGAUUAAGGUUAAUGAUUGUAAUCGAAAUAUAUGAAAUAUGAAAGCUAUUUUAAAUAAAUUUUGAUAAUUCUCAGUGUGGGCACCAGUUUGUGUGAAAUUACUCAUUACAAACAGGGCCACAUACAAUAAAAGAUUAUCAUUUAUGCUAUAUAUGAAUUAUGGCGCGACUGUACAGGUUAAUACACGAGGUGUUACUACACAUGUCUGGAGAGGUCCAAAUCC